AGCGCAGUGUAGUGGAAUGUAGUUGCCAUUAGUGGGAGUUGAACUGAGGCUGGCUAACAGCUAGCCUGCUAUGUUGAGUUGCUGAGCUGGAGACGCAGAGGAUAGUGAUGAAAACAUGCCUCACUUCACAGUGGUACCGGUGAAGGAUCAAGCUCAGGACAGAUACGACAGUCUAGAGGGGAUUAACUGGGUGGAUUACAGGGACACUGGACAGGACUUCCCUGGUCACCAGGACACUGUCAGCUCUGAUGGACAUGGGAAUCAUAAAGAAGACAGUCCGUUUCUUAACAGUGCUGACGCUGCCAGCAAGAAGAAUGACUUCUAUGACAGGAACCUGGCAUUGUUUGAGGAAGAGCUGGACAUCCGGCCCAAGGUUUCGUCUCUGCUCAGCCGCUUGGUCAGCUACACCAACAUCACCCAGGGGGCCAAGGAGCACGAGGAGGAGGAGAGCGCUGAGGCCUCACGUAGGAAGACCCCCAAGUCUCCCAACAUGGGCACUCUGAUGGGAGUCUACUUACCGUGUCUCCAGAACAUCUUCGGUGUCAUUCUUUUCCUCCGACUGACAUGGAUUGUUGGGAUGGCUGGCAUCAUGCAGUCCCUCCUGAUUGUCCUCAUGUGCUGCUCUUGUACAAUGCUCACGGCCAUUUCAAUGAGUGCCAUCGCUACCAAUGGUGUUGUUCCAGCUGGAGGGGCAUACUUCAUGAUCUCACGCUCCCUUGGCCCUGAGUUUGGAGGAGCUGUGGGCCUGUGCUUCUACUUGGGCACCACCUUCGCCUCUGCCAUGUACAUACUGGGGGCCAUUGAAAUCUUCCUGAAAUAUCUGUUACCGCAGGCGGCCAUAUUUCACCCCACAGACUCCCUUGGGAGUGACAGUGCCAUGCUGAACAAUAUGCGAGUGUACGGCUCUAUCUGCCUCAGCCUGAUGGCUGUGGUGGUUUUUGUAGGAGUCAAAUAUGUCAACAAGCUGGCCUCUCUCUUCCUGGCCUGCGUCAUUAUCUCAAUUGUCUCCAUCUAUGCUGGGGCAUUAAAAUCCAUGACUCAUCCCCCAGAAUUUCCGAUCUGCAUGCUGGGAAACAGGACUUUGGUGAGAGAUCGUUUCGAUGUGUGUGCUAAGACUGUGAUGAAGGGCAACAUCACGGUGCACAGUCAGCUGUGGGAAAGCUUCUGUCUGCCAGGGAACAUGAGCAGCGCUCAGUGUGAUGACUACUUCAUCCAGAACAAUGUAACAGAGAUACAGGGCAUUCCUGGACUGGGCAGUGGGAUUAUUAAAGAAAACAUGUGGAGCGACUACCAACGGAAAGGGGAGAUCUUAGAGAAAGCAGGGCUACAGUCAGAGGACGCUCAUGGUGGCGUGGACAACUUUGGCAUGUAUGUGUCGGCAGACAUUGCUACAUCAUUCACGCUUCUGGUGGGGAUCUUCUUCCCAUCUGCCACAGGCAUCAUGGCUGGCUCCAACAGAUCUGGUGAUCUCCGCGAUGCUCAAAAGUCCAUCCCUGUGGGCACUAUCUUAGCCAUUACUACUACUUCAAUCGUUUAUAUCAGUUCUGUUGUCCUGUUUGGCUCUUGCAUCGAAGGAGUAGUCCUUAGGGACAAGUUUGGGGACGCCGUGCAGAAAACCUUGGUGGUGGGAACGCUCUCCUGGCCGUCUCCAUGGGUUAUUGUCAUCGGCUCCUUCUUCUCCACGGUCGGGGCCGGCCUGCAGUCCCUCACUGGGGCUCCUAGACUUCUACAGGCUAUUGCCAAGGACAACAUCAUCCCUUUCCUCAGGGUGUUUGGUCACGGAAAGAACAAUGGAGAGCCUACAUGGGCCUUACUGCUGACUGGUCUCAUAGCGGAGAUGGGCAUCCUUAUUGCCUCCCUGGAUAUGGUGGCUCCUAUCCUUUCCAUGUUCUUCUUGAUGUGCUAUCUCUUUGUGAACUUAGCCUGUGCAGUUCAGACUCUUUUACGCACACCCAACUGGAGGCCAAGGUUUAAAUAUUACCACUGGGCUCUGUCCUUCCUUGGCAUGAGUAUGUGUCUGGCUCUAAUGUUCAUCUCCUCCUGGUACUACGCUAUUGUGGCCAUGGUCAUUGCUGGGAUGAUCUACAAGUACAUUGAGUUCCAAGGAGCAGAGAAAGAGUGGGGAGAUGGUAUAAGAGGACUGUCCCUCAGCGCUGCACGAUACGCCCUGUUAAGAUUGGAGGUUGGACCCCCACACACCAAGAACUGGAGACCUCAGCUGCUUGUGCUGUUGAAGCUGGAUGAGGACCUCCAUGUAAAAUAUCCUCGACUGCUCACCUUUGCCUCGCAGCUGAAGGCAGGAAAGGGUCUGACCAUCGUGGGCUCCGUCGUGCAGGGAAACUUCCUGGACAGCUACGGGGAAAUGCAGGCAGCUGAGCAGGCCAUUAAGAAUAUGAUGGAGAUUGAGCGAGUCAAAGGUUUCUGCCAGAUUGUGGUGGCCUCUAAGGUGCGGGACGGUAUCGUCCACCUGAUCCAGUCCUGCGGUUUGGGGGGCAUGAAGCACAACACUGUCGUGAUGGGCUGGCCGUACGGCUGGAGACAGAGUGAGGACCCUCGUGCCUGGAAGACUUUUAUCAACACAGUCCGCUGCACAACAGCUGCCCACCUGGCCCUGAUGGUGCCCAAAAAUGUGUCCUUCUACCCGAGCAACCAUGAACGCUUCACCGAUGGCAACAUUGACGUGUGGUGGAUUGUCCAUGAUGGGGGGAUGCUGAUGCUGCUGCCUUUCCUGCUCAAACUGCAUAAAGUGUGGAAGAAAUGCCAGAUGCGCAUCUUCACUGUAGCCCAGAUGGAUGACAACAGCAUCCAGAUGAAGAAAGAUUUGGCCACAUUCCUUUACCAGCUGAGAAUAGAGGCUGAGGUGGAGGUGGUGGAAAUGCAUGACAGUGACAUCUCAGCGUACACCUACGAGCGAACGUUAAUGAUGGAGCAGAGGUCCCAGAUGUUGAGGCAAAUGAGGCUGUCCAGUGCAGAAAGACAAAGAGAGGCCCAGCUGGUUAAGGACAGACACUCUUUGGUUCGUAUGGGAAGUCUGUACUCUGAUGAGGAAGAGGAAGUGGUGGAGGCUCUUCCAGAGAAGGUUCAGAUGACGUGGACAAGAGAGAAGUGUGAGGCUGAGAGGAGGAACAAGAACAACGCACCUGAGAACUUCAGAGAACUGAUGAGCCUCAAACCGGAUCAGUCCAAUGUGCGGCGAAUGCAUACGGCUGUGAAGCUGAACGAGGUAAUAGUCAACAGGUCCCAUGAUGCUCGAUUAGUACUGCUCAACAUGCCAGGGCCACCUCGAAACACCGACGGAGAUGAGAACUAUAUGGAGUUUCUGGAGGUGUUGACUGAAGGCUUGGAAAGAGUGCUGCUGGUCCGAGGCGGAGGUCGGGAGGUCAUCACCAUCUACUCAUGAUCAAUCAUCAGCUGCUACACAGGAGCAUCGGCUUCAUCGCAGCACCUCUGGACGGUUCUCGGUAGAUGCAAGAAUUUAACGCUUUUAUUGUGAAGUAUGAUUUUUUUUUAGUACAAAGAUUUAUUCUAUUCUUGUAGAAUAUUGGGUCACACUCGUGUACAUAUCCACGAUCGACUUUACAAAUGAAAGUUGUUAUUUUUCUCCCUCAGAAAUCAAUACUUGUCAAGCACAAACUUUAGAUAUUCUUAUUUAUAGGUCACAAAUACCUCGUCUUAUGUGAUAAUAAAUCUAUAUUUGACAAUUUGGCAGACUAACCUGAGUAGGGCACAUGUUGGUUGAACAGUUUUAUUCGUAUGCCAGAUUUUUUAUUUUGAAAAAGCUCUUUUUGGAAGCAGAACUCUAUUUAUUUAUUUAUUUUUGAAAGAUUUCCCCACUGAGGUAAAGACAAUGUUACUGUGGAUAAUAAAACACAGUGCUGUAAAGGUGGCAUGCCAGAGAUUAUGAUAAUUUAUGAUUUUUUUGGAAAGAUAUGUGUUGAUAUGACAGAAUAAUGUAUAUGAAUGACUUUUGAACUGUUACAUUUCUACUUUUUUCUACAGACCAGAGAAGUUUAUCUAUUCACAAAAAAAGAUGGCGUGCUUUAAAGUUCCUAUCCUUAAGAUUUCUAUUAAAUCUUCUGCAUUUGUUCUACCAUUCAAUAGGUAUUUAUAUUUAUAAGCUAGUCUUCAGCGUUAGUGGUGGAGUCCGCCAUUCCCACACUGGAUUAUAAUUGUCUCACUACACACACUUACAACAUGAGUGUGUGUGUGUGUGUGUGUGCUGUUAACAGACACACCAGUUGUAUUUCUGUCCAAGUAGCUGCACAAGGAGUGUUUACUGUAGUAUUAAACAGCAGUUGCUGUUACCACGGAAACAUAAGAUAAGAUGUACUUUACUGUCUCGCUACAUCACACAACACACUUGCCAACAACGCCACAAUGCACGUACACACAGAUACACACACAUACACUCGUGCAUAAAUGUGUCGGUAGUUCUUUAACCAUAAGUGUUGCCAAAUGGCUGAAAUCUUAAGGAUUACAACUUUAAGCAGAUCUGAUCUCAGCGACGUGACACUUUCAGACACUGUUUUGUGUCUUUUGGGGUCUUUUUCUAAGAAGCUGGGAAUAACAGUGUUUCAGAGCAUAUAGUGUAGAGAUCAGAUGUUUAUUUUUAUGUAGACUGAACUAUAUGUAAUAGCCCACAGUGUUUUAUAUGUAAGUGAUCGACUAUGACAAACUGUGUAGUUAUUAAAAACUAAUCAUGCAA